UAAAAGUCUUUAUAAUGCUCAGGUUUCUGAAAUGCUAUUGACCUGAAAACAUCUCGUGAAGUUAUUAGUUUGAAGGCGUGGUGGCGGUACAAGCUAAGAGAGUGAACGAAAGCUCUGCAGACUCGGUGGACUCCGUUUCACCCAGAAGCCAAGUGAAAAUACAGACCACAUUUACAGCUAUAGCUGAGAUAGAUGUGUCCGGGAAGGCAGUCGUCGCCAGACAAGUUGUAAGAACUAAUUUAAAAAUCUCUGCAAAGACAUCUCACAGGGUCGACGGUAGAUGUGGUGAUUGGGAGCUGAAAAGGAUUUUUCUUCCGUAUUCAGACAUAAUAGACAUGAGGCAAACUAAAGUACAGAACAAGAAAAGGCAAGUGGCGUUCUUAAUUUUAUUGAUGCUUUGGGGAGAGGUGGGUUCUGAAUCGAUUCCGUAUUCCGUAUUGGAGGAGACAGAAAGUGGCACAUUUGUGGCCAACUUGACAAAGGACCUCGGACUGAGGGUUGGGGAGCUGGCUUUGCGGGGCGCUCGGGUUGUUUUCAAAGGGAACAGACAACAUUUGCAGUUUGAUCCACAGACCCAUGACUUACUGCUAAAUGAAAAACUGGACCUGGAGGAGCUGUGUGGCUCCACUGGGCCGUGUGUGCUACCUUUCCAAGUUGUACUGGAAAACCCCUUGCAGUUUUUUCAGGCUUCCUUGUGAGUCAGAGAUAUAAAUGACCACGCCCCGGAAUUCCCUGCCAGAGAAAUGCUCCUGAAAAUAUCAGAAAUUACUACGCCAGGAAAGAUAUUUCCUUUGAAAAUGGCACAAGAUUUAGACACCGGCAGCAACGGCCUUCAGAGAUACACAAUCAGCUCCAACCCUCACUUCCACGUUCUCACCCGCAAUCGCAGCGAAGGCAGGAAGUUCCCGGAGCUGAUGCUGGACAAAUCGUUGGACCGCGAGGAGCAGCCCCAACUCAGGCUAACGCUCACCGCGCUGGAUGGCGGGUCUCCGCCUCGGUCAGGGAGCUCCGAGAUUCAGAUCCAGGUUCUGGACAUCAAUGACAACAUCCCCGAGUUUGCUCAGGAGCUCUAUGAGGCGCAAGUCCCUGAGAACAACCACCUCGGCUCUCCGGUUAUUACCGUCUCAGCCAGAGAUUUAGAUGCAGGAUCGUUUGGGAAGGUAUCUUACGCCCUGUUUCAAGUCGAUGACGUCAACCAACCCUUCGAAAUAAACGCAAUCACAGGAGAAAUUCGGCUGAGAAAGACUUUAGAUUUUGAGGAAAUACAGUCUUAUGACGUGGAUGUUGAGGCUACAGAUGGUGGGGCCUUCAUCAGCCCCAUCCCAGAAAACUUGCCAGAGAUCAUAGUGGCAGUUUUCAGUGUUUCAGAUGCAGACUCCGGACAUAACCAACAGGUUAUUUGUUCAAUAGAGAACAAUCUCCCCUUUCUACUAAGACCUUCCGUGGAGAAUUUCUACACCCUGGUCACAGAAGGCGCGCUGGACAGAGAGAGCAGAGCCAAGUACAACAUCACUAUCACCGUCACUGAUUUGGGAACACCCAGGCUGAAAACCCAGCAGAGCAUAACCGUGCAGGUCUCCGACGUCAAUGACAACGCCCCCGCCUUCACCCAAACCUCCUACACCCUGUUCGUCCGCGAGAACAACAGCCCCGUCCUGCACAUCGGCAGCGUCAGCGCCACAGACGGAGACUCAGGCACCAACGCCCAGGUCACCUACUCGUUGCUGCCGCCCCAGGACCCGCACCUGCCCCUCGCCUCCCUGGUCUCCAUCAAGGCAGACAACGGCCACCUGUUCGCCCUCAGGUCGCUGGACUACGAGGCCCUGCAGGCGUUCGAGUUCCGCGUGGGCGCCACAGACCGCGGCUCCCCGGCGCUGAGCAGCGAGGCGCUGGUGCGCGUGCUGGUGCUGGACGCCAACGACAACUCGCCCUUCGUGCUGUACCCGCUGCAGAACGGCUCCGCGCCCUGCACCGAACUGGUGCCCCGGGCGGCCGAGCCGGGCUACCUGGUGACCAAGGUGGUGGCGGUGGACGGCGACUCGGGCCAGAACGCCUGGCUGUCGUACCAGCUGCUCAAGGCCACGGAGCCCGGGCUGUUCGGCGUGUGGGCGCACAACGGCGAGGUGCGCACCGCCAGGCUGCUGAGCGAGCGCGAUGCGGCCAAGCACAGGCUGGUGGUGCUGGUCAAGGACAAUGGCGAGCCUCCGCGCUCGGCGACCGCCACGCUGCACGUGCUCCUGGUGUACGGCUUCUCCCAGCCCUACCUGCCUCUCCCUGAGGCGGCCCCAGCCCAGGCCCAGGCCGACUCGCUCACCGUCUACCUGGUGGUGGCGUUGGCCUCGGUGUCGUCGCUCUUCCUCUUUUCGGUGCUCCUGUUCGUGGCGGUGCGGCUGUGCAGGAGGAGCAGGGCGGCCUCGGGCUGCUCCGUGCACGAGGGCCCCUUUCCAGGACAUCUGGUGGAUGUGAGCGGCACCGGGACCCUAUCCCAGAGCUACCAGCACAAGGUGUGUCUGAUAGGAGGCUCAGAAACAAAUGAGUUCAAGUUCCUGAAGCCGAUUAUGCCCAACUUCCCUCCUCAGGGCACUGAGAGAGAAAUAGAAGAAACCCCCACCUCUCGGAAUAGCUUCCCUUUCAGUUAA